AAUGUGUUUAUUGAGGUGCUGGAGGACCGUGUGACAGUGAUUGAGCCCCAUCACCUCUCCUUUGUAGACCCGGAGAUUCCUAGCGAGAAAAUCCUGUUCAACGUGACUGUCCCUCUCCUUCCUGGCCAAGGUAUCGUGGAACAUAGAGACAGGCCUCUCUCCCCAGUCCGAUAUUUCACCCAAGCAGAUAUAAACCAUGGCAAAAUUGCUUAUCGUCCACCAACUGCAGCUCCUCACCUGAGAGAGAUCAUUGCCUUCUCCUUUGCGGGUCUCCCAGAGUCAGUGAACUUCCGAUUCACAGUGUCUGAUGGUGAACACACAACCCCGGAGAUGGUGUUUGUCAUUCAUUUGCUCUCAGCGGAGCAGCAGCCUCCCGUCUUCCAGAUCACAGCUCCAUUCCUGGAGGUCAGCCAGGGGGGCAAAGCCAUCAUCGGGAUCCAGUUAGCCGUGAGCGACACGGAUACAGCUCCCGAGGGACUUUUCUUUGAGCUGGUGAAACCUCCCCGUCAUGGCAUCGUGCUCAAGUACAGCGCAGGCGUGCAGGAGCGCAUGAGAGCAGGUGACACCUUCACCUACGAGGACGUCACCCGGAAUGCUCUGCAGUACGUGCAUGGCGGUUCAUCGGCAGCAGAGGACAGCAUGGAAAUCUCUGUCACCGACGGCGACACCACAGUGACCACCGUGCUGAGGGUGGAAGUGUCCCUGCUGGAUAACAACGGACCGCAGCUAGCCCCAGGCUGCUCGUUGGCAGUCACCGUGGCUAGUAAAAGCUCUGUGACUCUCUCUCGGUUGCACCUUGCUUAUGUUGACAACAAUUCUCCUGACUCGGAGAUACGAAUCCAGUUAAUAUCCCUGCCUGCAUAUGGCACCCUCUUACGCAUGUCUGCCUCUUACGAUGAAGAGCUUUCCAAGGUUUAUAAUUUCACUAUGGAAGACAUCAACAACCAGAGGAUCAGCUACUCCACCACGUUCGAGACCAGCAAUCAGCCGGUUACAGACAUCUUCCACUUCGUUGUUUUUGAUGCCGAUAACAACCGGCUUGACAGACAGAUGUUCACCGUCACUAUCAUGCCUGCCCAGGCAGUGCCAUCGCUCAUUGCUUUCGCUGACCAUAUCACUGUGGACGAGGGAGGCAGGGUCCCACUGCUGGCUCAUCACCACUUAGCUGCUGAUUAUGAUCCUGCUGCCAGGGAGGACCUGAGGGUCACGGUUGUCACUCUACCUAUGUAUGGCUAUAUCGAAAACACUAGAACAGGUGAGAGUUUUGGCCCGCAGAGCGAGUCUGCUGUGACCGCAGGCACAUCCUUUUCCCUUCAAGAUGUUACAGAAAACAGGAUUUACUACUUCCAGAGCGUCCAUGAAAGCAUUGAGCCAACAAGUGAUGCUUUCAGCUUUUAUGUGAGCGAUGGCUUCAGCCAGUCUGAGGUGCAGAGCAUUAACAUCACAAUUCAGCGACAGAACGAUGAGCCCCCGAAGAUGGUGUUGGAGCCUGUCAGAGUACGUGAGGGCUCAGGAGUGGUGAUUACCAACACCUCCCUCAACCUGCAGGACUUGGACACCCACAACAGUGAGCUGGUCAUCAUGGUUACCAAAAGUCCUGAACAUGGUCACCUCCGCAGGAGGCAGACUGCUGCAGAGCACCCGGAGCAUGGACACGUGCUGUCCGUGGGCUCAUCCUUCACCUACCAGGACAUUGUGGAUGAGCUGAUCGUUUAUACUCAGGGUGGUGCAGCAGCACAAACAGAUGAGUUCGGCUUCUCCAUCACAGAUGGUCUCUACACGCAGACGGGGAGACUGGAGCUCUCCGUGGAGCUGCCGAAGAAGCAGUCACCCACAUUAGCUGUCAACAGGGGCCUGCAGCUCCCAGCUGGCUCAGCGGCACACCUCACAGAUCAGCAUUUGAAAGUGGCAGGUAUUUAUUCAGAUGAUACUACAAUCAGAUUUGUCAUGAAGAGGGAUCCCAGCGUGGGCCAUCUGCAGUUGACCAAAAUUGGUAAUCCAGUCCAGAUCUCUGUUGAAGGACCUGUCAGAAGUUUCACCCAGGCUGAUAUAAAUAAAGGGCAAGUGGUGUACAGUCACAAGAAAGGAGAUCCUGUCGGAAAUUUUGCCUUCACCUUUGAUGUGACAGAUGCAGAUGGCAACAAACUGAUGGACCAGUUGUUUUAUAUUAGUGUAUUAGAGGACAGAUUUCCCCCUUCCAUCAUCGCUAACGAAGGGCUGGUCUUGGAUGAGAACUCGGCGAAGACCAUCACGACCCUGCAGCUCUCUGCCACUGACCAGGACAGUGAGCCGGCGCAGCUCCAGUACGAGCUCACCAGGCAGCCACAGCUGGGGCACCUGGAGCAUGUGGCCUCCCCAGGGACAAGAAUUAGUGCCUUCAGCCAAGCAGACUUGGCCUCUCGCAGCAUCCGGUACGUCCACACCAGUGACAUUGAAAAGCAUAUGGAUGCAUUCACCUUUUCUGUUUCUGAUGGAACAAAUGAGGUGAGCCAGACGUUUGACAUCACCAUAAACCCUGUGGAUGACUCCUUACCCAUAGUGCAAAGCCUCGGGAUGACAGUUCAGGAAGGUGUGAGAAAAACCAUCACAGAGUUUGAGCUUAAAGCAACAGAUGCUGACACAGAGGCUGAGUCCAUUACGUUCACAGUCAUGCAGCCCCCUCGGCAUGGCCUGAUCGAACGCACCAGCAACGGGCAGCGUUACCACCACGCCGCCACCUUCACAAUGGAUGACAUCUACCAGAAUCGCAUCAGCUACAGUCACGACGGUAGCAACUCGCUGAAGGAUCGCUUCACCUUCACUGUGUCCGAUGGCACCAAUCCCUUCUUCAUUGUGGAGGAUGGGGGGAAGAAGGUUGUGACAGCAGCACCUCAACGCUUCAAAGUGGACAUUCUCUCUGUGGAUGAUGGGACACCCAGGGUGGUCACCAACCUGGGUUUGCAGUGGCUGGAGUACAUGGAUGGCAAGGCAACCAAUGUAAUCACCAAGAAGGAAUUACUGACAACAGAUCCUGACACAGAUGACAAACAGCUGAUCUAUGAGAUAACAACUGGUCCCAGGAAUGGUUAUGUGGAGAAUAAGCUGAAACCAGGGUCAACCGUGACGACCUUUACACAGGAGGAUGUGAACCAGGGCCUCAUUCGAUACGUGAUGCAUGAGGAGAAGGUUCAGGAGACCAUGGACAGCUUUCAGUUCCUAGUGAAGGACAGCAAACCCAACGUGGUCAGUGGCAACAUCUUCCAUAUCCAGUGGUCUCUCCUCAGCUUUACAUACACCAGCUACAACGUCAGAGAGAGCGCAGGCUCUGUGAGCGUCACCGUGAGGCGGAUCGGUAACCUCAACCAGUACGCGAUUGUCCUGUGCCGCACAGAGCAGGGAACAGCCACCUCCAGCUCUGGCUCACAGCCAGGAGAGCAGGACUACGUGGAGUAUGCCGGACAGGUGCAGUUUGAGGAGCGGGAGGACACCAAAGCCUGCACCAUCGUCAUUAAUGAUGACACCCUCUUUGAGAGCACGGAGACCUUCGCCGUGGAGCUCAGCAUGCCAGCCUACGCUCUGCUGGGGAACAUUACCCGGGCCACGGUCACCAUCAUGGACAAAGAGGACGAGCCCACCCUGCAGUUCGACAGGAAGACGUACCAUGUCAGCGAGAGCGCUGGCGUUCUCUCUGCUCCUGUUGAAAGGAAAGGGGAUACCAGCAGCACCGUGUCUGCCAUCUGCUACACUGUCCCCAAAUCAGCCAAGGGGAGCAGCCUUUAUAUGCUGGAAUCUGGCUCUGACUUCAAGUCCCGGGGGAUGGCGGAUGACAGCCGCAUUGUUUUUGGUCCGGGUGUCACCAGGAUGACAUGUGACGUCAUGCUGAUCGACGACAGUGAAUACGAAGAAGAAGAGGAGUUUGAGAUCGUGUUGGCCGAUGCCUCGGAUAACACACGCAUCGGCAGCCGGGCGUCAGCCAACGUCUUCAUCAGUGGUCCCAACGACGCCUCUACCGUGUUCCUGGGGAACGCUACUUUCACCGUCAGUGAGGCUGCAGGAAACAUUGAGAUUCCAGUCCUCCGACAGGGACCAGAUCUCUCAACCCCCAUCUCGGUGUGGUGUGCCACUCGGACGUCAGACCCUCCAUCUGCCAGCCCGGGAAUCGAUUACGUCCCCAGCUCCAGAAAAAUAGAGUUCAGGCCAGGCAAGACAGAAGAGUUCUGCACUCUGACAAUCCUGGACGAUGCGCAGUACCCGGUGAUAGAGGGGCUGGAGACAUUUGUUGUUUAUCUCAGCUCACCCCAUGGAGCUGAGCUGACAAAGCCGUUCCAAGCAAUCGUGGCCAUUAGUGACAUCUUACAAGAUGUACCAAGCAUGCAGUUCACCAAGGACACGUACACGGUGAAGGAGAAGGAGGGUACUCUGCACAUCCCCAUCUUCCGCACCGGGGACCUGAGCUACGAGUCCUCUGUCAGGUGCUACACCCAGAGCCAGACAGCAGAGGUCAUGGAGGACUUUGCAGAGAGGAGAAAUGCAGAGGAGUCUCGCAUCACUUUCUUGAAAGGGGAGAAGGUGAAGAACUGCAGUGUUCAUAUCAGUGAUGACUCUGCCUUUGAACCAGAAGAGCAAUUCCAGGUCCAUCUUGGUAGCCCGCUUGGAAACCAUUGGAGUGGAGCUAGGAUUGGGAAGCUGAACAUGGCAACCGUAACUGUCACCAAUGACGAAGACGCACCCACCAUUGAGUUUGAAGAAGCUGCAUACCAAGUACGGGAGCCGCCCGGCCCGGAGGGUGUUGCCGUUUUAAAUAUCAAAGUGGUCCGCAGAGGAGAUCAGAACAGGACCUCGAAAGUCCGCUGUAGCACCCGCGAUGGCUCAGCUCAGGCUGGAGUGGAUUACUAUCCCAAGAGUCGAAUGCUCAAAUUCAGCCCAGGUGUGGACCACAUCAUGUUUAAGGUGGAGAUCAUGUCCAAUGAAGACCGGGAGUGGCACGAGUCCUUUUCUCUGGUGCUGGGUCCAGAUGAUCCAGUGGAAGCUGUUCUUGGAGAUACCAGCACCGCAAUAGUGACUAUUUUGGAUCAGGAGGCAGCAGGGAGCUUGAUUCUUCCAGCACCUCCCGUGGUCGUCACCCUGGCUGAUUACGACCGGGUGGAAGAAGUGACCAAGGACGGUGCUAGGAAAUCCCCUUCCCCAGGCUAUCCACUUAUCUGUGUCACUCCUUGUGACCCUCACUUCCCCAAGUACACCGUCAUGAAGGAACGCUGCAGCGAGGCUGGAAUCAACCAGUCUUCAAUACAGUUCAGCUGGGAAGUAGCAACCCCAACGGAUGGAAAUGGAGCCAGGUCGCCUUUUGAAACCAUCACUGACAACACACCAUUCACUAGCGUCAACCACAAGGUGCUGGACAGCAUUUACUUCAGCCGGCGGUUCCACGUGCGCUGCGUGGCCAAGGCUGUGGACAAGGCUGGGCAUGUGGGGACGCCCCUGAGGAGCAACAUCGUUACCAUAGGCACAGACAGUGCCAUCUGUCACACUCCUGUGGUCGCAGGGACAGCCCGAGGUUUCCAGGCACAGUCAUUCAUUGCCACUCUGAAGUACUUGGAUGUCAAGCACAAGGAGCAUCCCAACAGAAUCCACAUCUCGGUGCAGAUUCCCCAUCAGGACGGUAUGCUGCCCCUCAUCUCCACCCUGCCGCUGCACAACCUGCAUUUCCUUCUCUCUGAGUCCAUCUACCGGCACCAGCACGUCUGCUCAAACCUGGUCACCGUCAGAGACCUCAGAGGCAUCUCAGAGGCAGGGUUUCUGGAUGAAGUAACCUACGACAGCAUUGUUCUCGGCCCUGGCUAUGACCGUCCUUACCAGUUUGACCACACAGUGAGGGAGCCCAAGACGAUCCAGCUCUACAAGCACCUCAACCUCAAGAGCUGCAUUUGGACUUUCGAUGCUUAUUACGACAUGACUGAAUUAAUCGACGUCUGCGGGGGCUCUGUCACCGCUGACUUCCAGGUACGGGACUCUGCUCAGUCCUUCCUAACAGUCCACGUCCCACUCUAUGUGUCCUACAUUUACGUGACAGCGCCGAGAGGUUGGGCUUCCCUUGAGCAUCACACGGAGAUGGAGUUCUCUUUCUUCUACGACACUGUUCUCUGGAGGACGGGAAUUCAGACGGACAGCGUGCUCUCCGCCCGGCUGCAGAUAAUCAGGAUCUACAUCCGUGAGGAUGGCCGGCUGGUUAUCGAGUUCAAGACACAGGCCAAGUUCAGAGGACUUUUUGUGAUGGAGCACCACAGCCUGCCGGACGUCAAGUCUUUUCUAAUGACCCCAGACCACCUGGGAGGGAUCGAAUUUGACCUGCAGCUGCUGUGGAGCGCUCAGACUUUCGACUCCCCGUACCAGCUCUGGAGAGCAACCAGCUCCUAUAACAGGAAGGACUACUCUGGAGAGUACACGAUCUUCUUAAUCCCCUGCACCGUGCAGCCCACGCAGCCGUGGGUAGAGCCUGGAGACAAGCCCCUGCCCUGCACGGCUCACGCUCCGGAGCGAUUUCUCAUCCCCAUCGCCUUCCAGCAGACAAACCGCCCAGUUCCUGUCGUGUACUCCCUAAACACGGAGUUUCAGCUGUGUAACAACGAGAAGGUGUUCCUGAUGGAUCCCACCAAAUCCGAAAUGUCUCUGGCAGAAAUGGAUUACAAAGGGGCUUUUUCAAAGGGGCAAAUCCUGUACGGCCGCGUGCUCUGGAACCCCGAACAAAACCUAAAUGCUGCCUACAAACUGCAGUUGGAAAAAGUCUAUCUGUGUACAGGCAAGGAUGGCUACGUGCCUUUCUUUGACCCGACGGGCACCGUCUAUAACGAGGGGCCCCAGUAUGGCUGCAUUCAACCCAACAAGCACCUGAAACACCGCUUUCUCCUCUUGGAUCGAAACCAACCGGAAGUGACCGAUAAGUAUUUCCACGACGUGCCUUUUGACGCCCACUUUGCUUCUGAACUCUCCGAAUUUCAUGCAGUAAGCAGCAUGCCCGGAGUCGAUGGAUUUACGCUCAAGGUGGAUGCUCUCUACAAGGUGGAAGCUGGACACCAGUGGUACCUUCAGGUCAUCUACGUCAUCAGCCCCGAGAGCGCGGCGGGGCCUCGUGUGCAGCGAUCCCUCGCUGCCCGCUGGAAACGCGCCCGCAGGGACUUGGUCGAUAGCGACGGGAGGCCGAUGCUGGACGAUUCCUUGGUCUACGACAACGAAGGCGACCAGGUCAAGAACGGCACCAACAUGAAGUCACUGAUCUUGGAGAGGGAGGAAGCCGCUGUCGCGGCCUCCUUAUCUCAAACAGGCGCUUCCCUGGGGAGCGCCUUCGCUGCCCUCACCCUGCUCCUGCUGGUGCUCUCCGGGGUUUGCCUCCUCGCCAGGAGGUGUGGAAAGCUGCGGAGGAAGCGGGAGGCGGCCAGAGCCGCCCUGGAGGAGCAUCCCCUGAACACCAAGGUGGAGCUGCCCAGGGGUGCAGGGAAGGCCCUGGACGGCCGGUACUGCACCGUGAGGAAUAUUAACAUAUUGAGGGAGAACGGGGGCAUCGGCGAGGGGAAAGGCCGGAAGGUGAAGCAGGUGAACUUGGAAAUCAAAGUCCACAACAAUUUGCACGACGGAACGGAGGUUUAA